AUGGAGGAGACGGUGCGCUCGCUGCUGCAAUACAAAAGCCGAGUGGAAACUCUGAAGCAAGAGAAGGCUUCAUUGUCCUCUGCGCUGGAGGCCUCAUCAGCGCAUUACCAAAGUCAGCUGUCAGUACUGUCCACUGAAAACGAGCGUCUUCGCGGUCAGCUUUCAGCACUAUCCGUCAGUCUGGGUGUCGGCGAGCACGAGAAGAAGUUGGAUGAUGUCGCGCAACAAGUUGUACGGGCUCUUCUCUCUCAAAAGAGCGUUCGGGAAGAGUUGGGAUGCGCACGAGCAAGGAUUCGUGAGCUUGAAACGCAAAACCGCGCACUGAGCACACUCCUUGUGCGGCAGCUAAGACCGCAGCCCCGACCAUCGCCCGCUACACCGCUGACACCACACUCUAAUAGAGAUUUACAAGUUCAUUUAUUGGACGUGGGUUCCUGCGGUUCUCUAGUCUCAUUCCGGGACUCCCCGCCCCCCGCGCCGCCCGUCCAGCACCCUCAUCCCCUCAGCUCGGAUGACAAGAGACGUCACCAAAUAUUAGCUGACAUAUGGACUGAAUUAAAGGGUUUGGAGGUAACGCCGGCCAACCUGGCGAGAGCGCUGUCUGCUGUAGACCCCACUUUGUGGGCUACUCCUACAAGACCUGCUACUCUUAGUCUAAACGUGCCACAACCUCAAGCCGACUCUAAUAAAGGCACAAGUGGCGACAAGGAAGAAGAAACCAGCGAACAAUGCGAAGCUGGAGCUGAAUCUCCCGAGAGCGGCGCGAAAGACGAGGGUUACUCCACGAUGUCUAGUGACGUGCAGGCUGAUGCUUCGCGACAGAGCGACCACGCAGCUGAGCGAAUUCUGCCAGACCUCAACGAGGCCUCCGAUGAGACUGACAACCAAACCAUCGUCUCUAUCAAUCCAAGAGAAUCUCGACGACAUGCGCGACUCCUCGCCGAAGCUGAUUAUAUAUAUUUUCCCAUAGGAGUCGCCUUCGCCGGCAUCAGAGGCAGCUAUCCCCCUUCUCGACCCGUCCUUCCCUUCCAACACGUAGUCCGAAGCUUCUCUGAUUCUCAUUUAUGUUUGAAAUUGUUAACUGCCCCGACUUGCUCACCUAGCCUGGAUUCUCCCACGCCCAGUUCGGGAGUGUUAGUCUUAGACCUUAAACCGGCCCCGGAGAGGCCCCUCCGAAGGCCGGCGAUCGCCUCCACCACCAGUUCUGAAAGGGUGUCUUGGGGAAGCACAGUCGACGAACGAGCUGAUGGAUCGCAAUUCGAAUCCGAUUACGUUCAACAUUGGCUAGAGCUGGACGACGCUAGAUCUGCUCUUCAACAGAGACAUAGAGACUUAGCCGACCUAGAAUACGAUAGAGCCGAAUUAGAGGACUGGAGCUUAUCGUUAUCUUGCGAGGAUCUCAGAGACAGACAGUCACCUUUCGCGGAGAUAACGACGCCAGGUCAGAUAUCCUUGUCCACUCUUCCUAGUAUACGGGAAGAUGACGCCUUAGAAAUGGAAGAAGAUGUAGCUGAUUGUUUAUGGAACGACUGCGGUUUCGCAACGAUCGAAAUCGAUGAAUGCAGGAUGGCGGAUGAAAAUGAAACUUCAGAGAAACGAUGGGAAUAUUCUGGCACCCAUUCCCCUGGUGGGUCUUGGUCAAGCGCCUCAGAUGCGCCGGAGAAACGAUCCAGCACAGCUUUAAGUGAAGAUGGCGACUGUGCAAACAUCGGCUUGGACUUCACCAGAGAUUUUUAUCGUCUAGUUAAAUAUGAAAGCACCAAGAGUUUAGCUUCGAAUUCUUCUAGGAGCGUCCCAAAUCAAGACCAAAACACUCAUUUGCGAUUUCACGACGUUCAAUCGAUGGCCUUACAAGACAGAGAACAGGCGCUUCAGAAUGUUUUAAACUUUAUCGCGGAGCAACAGAAAUACUGCCAUGAUAGAGAAGAAUCGGACUCGGUUUCAUCUCGGCCUAUAUCUGAGAUACGUGAACUUCCCCCACCUUAUGCUUCGGCCGAUUUUGAUGAUGAAUCUGUGGAUCCUCGGAGCGAAGUCUCAGAUGACAGGCAACGACCAGAUUCCUUUGGAAGCUUCUCCGAAAAUGAUUCCUGUGAUAUACGUGAUUUACAUAACGACAGACCAAAACUUCCAUACUGUGAUGUAGUAUCCGAGCCGAAAUCGACGCUUCGAUUUAUAGAGAAGGAGGAACCUUACGCUGAGUCGGAAGGCUUUUAUGUAGAUAUGACCAAAGCGGAUAACGCAGAGAACGAAAUAGAUCAAAACCAAUUAAUAAAAAUUCAGAGAAAGAACGAAAUCAAUAAACUAAUAGACGUCAACCAAACUGAUCAAGAUCACGCGUCUUCUGUAAAGGACGACAAAGACGAAACUAGCCGCAACACGGAACACAAUUCAGCAUUGAAAGAGAACACUGUCAAUAUUAUGUUAAAUAAACAAGUAAACGAAAGAGAGAUAGAGACUUGUCUUACGAAGUCAACGAGCUUUACAAUUUCGGGGGAGACUGAAAUAUCUUUAGUGGACGAAGUGCUGAGUGCCUGCAGACGCAGUACAACGGCUCUGGUGACCGUCCCAGAAGAAGAGGAGAACUCGUCGCCCGAGUCGGGUUCUCCGCAAAUGACUGAAUCUAACACUACCAGCACCUCGACGGCUGAAACUGUGAUAAUAAGCAAUAAGAGCGAUGGAAGAGAAGUACGACGAAGAGAAAAGAGUCGAAUUCCAAUGUUAAUGGGUGGAAAGAGACCUCCGUCGUCCCCUAACAAAACGAGAUCAAAAAUACCCCUGCCUGGAAAGACUAAGAUUAACGAAACGGCAAGUAAUCCUGAAUCGAUAAUUGUCAAACAGGAGCAUAAGCUUAGUUUUCACGAAGCGGCUACGUCUAAGGAAGUAAUCGAAGAAUUAAAUAGAAUGAUUCGUCAAAGCGAGGGUGUUACGACGGAAGCGAAGAAUGAGGAGAGAACAGAGAAGACUUGUUCGCAGAAAGACAAUGCAUUAUGGGCUCCUACAGGAUGGGUGCACGUUGAAAAAGACAUUGAUUUUAGCGACCCUAAGGCUCGAGCAAAUCUGUUGGAUGUGAUGUUGGCGUCGAGUGACUCUUCUCCUUCCUCAUGCGGAUCCUCUCCAGCUGAACCUCCACCCCCGUACUCGCGGUUGCAUCGGCUUCAUCGCUCCAGGCGACAGAAAACUGCGGCGGCUCAGCGCAGCCGAGGCGUGGGCGUGGUGCGGCAGCUGCGCCUGCGAAGGCCCACCAUCCUCGGCCGAGGGGACUUCUACGUGCGAUUCGCGGAGCCCGAGCGAGCCGCCGUGGCCUCCUUCGACUUCCUCGACGACCUGUCCGGCGGAUCCUCCCCGGACGCCAAAGACUGUCACGAUUAG